UUAAAUGAGCUUUAAAAUCGUGUUUACAGAGAAGCAAUGGCUGUUAUAAUGCAGUUGCAACAAAUGUACAACUACUAAACCCAUAAUAAAGAAAGUGAGUUUAUUAUUCAUUUUUGUUUUCCAGUCUGUUUGAAAUUUGAAGCAGCCAAAACCCUCCACUCCCACUUUCUCUUAUUCUUUCUUUGGAAAAGACCCUUUUUCCAGGUAGAUUUCUCUUGAGAGAUUCUCAGCCUCAUUGUCUCUGGGUCACUUGCUUUUCUUGCCAUCUUUGUGAUAUUUCCGUAUAUAUACAUACAUAUAUUUUAUUGUUUCAGAUCUGAUUACUGUUUGCUCAUUUGUUCAAGAAAGGCCAUUUUUUGAAGUACCAUUCUUGGUGGGUUUUGCUAAUAUUGUAUGUUUGUAUGCUUUAAGGUAACUUUCAUGCCCUUUCCUUCAAUUUGAGAUCUCUUCAACCCAUUGAUUGACAUUUGGCAAUACAAUUUGAGAUUUUAGGGUUUUCAGUUUGGAUUUUUCUUGAGUUACUGAUUUUGAAGCUGCACUUGAAAUCUUUUGAUUGGUUGAGGAAAUAAGAAAGUUGUGGUUACUGGUUAGCAAUGGAAGUCCAGGGCUUGGGGCUCUUGGGCCUAGUUAUUUUCUUGAUGUUUCUUGGUUUUGCCAAGAAUGGGGAAGCUCAGGGGAAACCAUUUUUGAUAAAUUGUGGCACAAAUUCCAGUUUAAUUGUGGAUGGUAACAAAUGGGUGGGUGAUUUAGCCUCUGGAAACAAUGUAACUCUCAGUUCUUCUGGUAUCGAGGCCUCCACUGCCUCGAUCAAUGGCGAUCUGGAUUAUGCCGAGCUCUACAGAACUGCCCGAUUCUUUUCUGAGAGCCUUAACUACACGGUCCAAGGAGUUGCGGGGAACGUGUUCCUUAGACUCCAUUUCUGCCCAUUUGUGUUUGAGAGCUACAAUGUGAACGAGUCUUACUUUUCUGUUGAGGCGAACGGGUUGAAAUUAGUCUCCAAGUUCAAUGUUCCCGGUGAAAUUCUGCAGAAGAAUUCGUACAUUUCAGGGAGAAACUCUAGCUUCGUGUCCUUAGUAAAGGAGUAUUUCGUGGCUGUUGAAACGAAUCUCGUUGUCCUUGACUUCGUCCCGGAGAAAGGGUCCUUCGGUUUUGUCAAUGCCAUCGAGAUCAUCCCCGUCGUUGAUAAGCUUUUCGUGGACUCUGUUAGCAAAGUGGGCGGGAACGGUGCCAAAGCUUCUUUGAGUUUGAGCAAGCGAGGGGUCGAGACUAUGUAUCGGUUAAACGUCGGUGGCUCAACGAUCAAACCUCAUCAAGAUUCAAUUUUUAGGAGAAUGUGGGAAGAAGAUUCGAGCUUUAUGAUCAACCCGGAUGCUGGAUCAGAAGCCCGAAACAAAUCGAAUGUUACCUAUGCCUCCCCAAAUGACACCUCCAUAGCUCCCCUUCUUGUCUAUGAGGUAGCAAGAACUCUGACCAACCCAGAAGUCAUGGAGAAGCGGUUCAAUAUGUCGUGGAAAUUCGAAGUGGAUCCCGAUUUCGAUUAUUUGGUCCGUUUACAUUUCUGCGAGCUAGAAUAUGAUAAACCGAGCCAGCGUAUCUUCAGAGUCUACAUAAAUAACAAAACAGCAGCAGACAAUGUCGAUAUUUUCGUACGAGCGGGAGGAAUGAACAAGGCGUACCAUGAGGAUUACUUUGACGUGAUGCCCUCGAAAAGCAAGAGCCUUUGGGUACAAUUGGGUCCCGACACAUCAACCGGUUCCCCUGGUACAGAUGCUAUAUUGAACGGGUUGGAGAUCUUCAAGCUGAGUCGCAAUAACAAUCUUGCUUAUAUACAAGACUAUAAGGAUCUUGAAGGCAAACGAAAGUCCAAAACCAUGAUUCUUUGGUUAGGAAUCGGAGCAGGGAUUGUGUCCAUUUUGGCUCUCACGGGUCUAGCUAUGAUGGUUAUUUGUUUGUGUAAAAAGAAGAGAAGCAAAGAAGGAGAUACCAAGAAGAGUUCCCCGGGAUGGCGUCCUUUAUUCCUUCACGGAUCGAUAGUGGGUAGCAAUGCUAAUGUGAAGGGAACAACCGGAAACCAAAACUGGACUCUUGGAACCAUAAGAACUGGAAGGCGGUUUACGCUAGCAGAUAUCAAAGCAGCAACGAACAACUUCGACGAGAGUUUGGUGAUCGGAGUGGGUGGAUUUGGGAAAGUAUACCGAGGAGAUAUUGAUGAUGGUAUCUUAGCAGCAAUUAAGCGAUCCAAUCCACAAUCCCAGCAAGGUCUAACGGAAUUCGAGACCGAGAUUGAGCUGCUUUCGAAGCUAAGGCAUAGGCACUUGGUAUCCUUGAUAGGAUUCUGCGAUGACCAGAACGAAAUGAUUUUGGUGUACGAGUAUAUGGCCAACGGGACUCUCAGGAGUCACCUGUUUGGGAGUGACCUACCACCGCUAAGCUGGAAACAAAGACUCGAGAUUUGCAUUGGUGCUGCUCGGGGGCUGCAUUAUCUCCACACGGGAUCGGAGCGGGGCGUCAUUCACAGGGAUAUAAAGACGACCAACAUACUGUUGGACGAGAGCUUCGUAGCGAAAAUGGCGGAUUUCGGGUUGUCCAAAAGAGGCCCUUCUUUGGACCAUACACACGUGAGCACGGCGGUGAAAGGAAGCUUCGGGUACCUCGAUCCCGAGUACUUCAGGCGGCAGCAACUGACUGAAAAAUCCGAUGUUUACUCAUUCGGUGUCGUGUUAUUUGAAGUCGCGUGUGCACGAGCUGUGAUCAACCCGAGCUUGCCCAAGGAUCAGAUUAAUCUUGCGGAAUGGGCAAUGCGGUGGCAGAGACAAAGAUCACUAGAAACUAUCAUCGACCCACAACUCAAGGGGAAAUACUCUCCCGAGUCGUUGGUGAUGUUCGGUGAGAUUGCUGAGAAAUGCCUUGCUGACGAGGGGAAGGCCAGGCCAACAAUGGGAGAAGUUCUAUGGCACUUGGAGUACGUCCUACAAAAUCACGAGGCUUGGCUGCAGUCUAACGAUGGGGGAGACUCGGUCAUUGAUGUUCGUGAUCCCGAGACCUUAGAAGAGAAAGAACCCGAGAACAGCAAGGAUAGUUGUUUGGAGCAGAUGAACCAGCAAGCUUGAUAUCGGAAAGGUUGAGAGUAUGUUUGUUUUAGUGAAAGCAUCUUCACACUGUUUAAAUUCUUUCAUUCUUUUAUGUAUUUUAUGGUUUUGGGAGGAAAGAUUGUUAGAUUGGUUUUAUUUGAUUGUUUUGUAGCUUUAAAAUCUCUGAAAUGUCAUUGUGGUAAGUAUUUUGUGGCUUGCUAUA